AGCCUCGGUAGCCAUCGGUUCGUAACAUGAUUGGUAGUUGCAAGCGCGGCUAGUGGUAUAAAAUCGGUGAUUUGUGCGAUCGUCAAGAACGUUUGGAAUUUUGAUUCGUCGAAUUAACAGUUUACUGAAGGAAUUAACAAACAGAAACGCCACAAAAAAAAACAAGAUAAGAGUGCUGGUGAAGGUAACCGAAAUCACUUUCCCAAUGGCUCGGAUUAGUUCGAGGGCAGUCGUACGAUUGCUGGCGUUGGUUUUGGUGGUCGUGUUGCCAGCAGCCAGCGGGUAUUCACCGUUCAAACGCUCCUAUUUCGUUCCGCUUAUUCGACCCGAAGGCAACUCGUCACAGUCAGCAGUGCUUGCGGAUCAGUAUCUUCCUCCCGGCGGACUGGAAGCACUCGGUAAUAAACUGGACAAACUUGGCAGCUUUACGACCAGCAAGGGGAAGGACGCUUUUACCGUGAUUUACCAGUGGAAAGUUAUUGAUUUUCUGUAUCCAAGCUUACAGGCGAGAAACAAUGCCAUCCGGUCUAAAGAAUUUAUCCCCGAAAACAAUCUUCCCUUGGGGGUGGACCGCUUCCGCAACCGUCUGUUCAUUACUACCCCACGAUGGAAUCCAGGUGUUCCUGCUACUCUGUCGUAUCUUCCGUUACCCGUUGAAGAUCCCAGCCUUCCCCUGAUCCCGUAUCCGGAUUGGAGCUUCCACACAUCGCCCAGCAACCCGGACUGCAGUAAGCUGGUGUCUGUGUAUCGAAUCUUCGUCGACGAAUGCGACCGCUUGUGGGUUCUCGAUGCCGGUGUCAUCGACACACUGACCAAUCUGCAGCAGAUCUGUCCACCGAAAGUUCUAGCAUUCAACCUUCAGACGGAUGAGCUGCUGUUCACAUACGUCCUUCCGGCAGACCAGGUUAAACAAGACUCACUACAUACCAACAUCGUGGUGGACAUACGGGAUGGACAGUGCGACGAUGCUUUCGCGUAUGUAGCGGACGUUUGGCGUUUCGGAAUCACGGUGAUCAGUCUGCGUGAGUUCAAGAGCUGGAGAACCACCAAUUAUCUGUACAAUCCGAACCCCUUUGCGAGCGACUACAAUUACAACGAGCUGAACUUCCAGUGGUCGGACGGGGUCUUCGGGAUGUCGUUGUCUCCGGUUCACCGCGACGGUGAUCGUAUGCUGUUCUAUCAUCCCAUGUCUAGCUUCACGGAAUUCCAAGUGCUAACCUCAGUGCUUCAGAACGAAACCAUCUGGCAGAACUUCGGUUUGGCGAAGGCCUUCCAACCGAUCGGUAGCCGCGGCAAGGCGGGUCAAUCUUCAACCUCCGGAGUGACCCGAAACAACGUCCAGUUCUUCACGCUGGUGCAGCAGAGCGGAGUGGGCUGCUGGGAUCUGGCCAAACCUUACAACCGCAACAAUUUGGGUGUCGUCGAACGGAACCCGGACAAGCUGACCUUCCCCAACGAUCUGAAAGUGGAUCGCGAGGCUAAACAAUCGGUUUGGGUCAUCAGUAACAAGCUGCCGGUUUUCCUGUACUCGAAGCUGGACUACAAGCAGAUUAAUUUCCGUGUGUUGACCGCGGAUGUGCAAAGCGCCAUCCAGGGUACGCCGUGUGAUCCGGGUAACCCGGCGAAUCUGGUUUUCAAGCAGGAGGAAUGCUAUCAGUAGAAACGGAUUUUGUAAUAUAGAUGGUAAUGUAAUCUAAAUAUGUAUUUUGAAGCUAAAUGUCAGUAUAGUAAAUAAGUUAAUCAUAAUAGUAUGGCUGUUCUUUCAAGAGAUUUCCCUUAGAAUAAAGUUGUUCUUUUAUAUGCUAAUACAGGUCGGACUCGCUUAUCCGGAGUAUUUUAUUUUUGAUUUUGAUAUUUCUUAUUCUUACAUCGGAAUUUACAAAUAAUUUGUAUAAUAAUUCCAUAUUAAAUAAUCAAUAUAGAUAUCAAAUGAAAGGGAUUGAUUAGUAGAACAUAGUUAUUUAUGAAAAAUACAAAUCCAAAAUGGCCGCCACCACAAGAUGGCGUCAUAUAUAUUUUUUUCACAAUCCCAUCAAUAUGGGUAUCAAAUUAAAGGGAUUGACUAGUAGAUCACAGUUAUUUAUGAAAAAUCCAAAUCCAAGAU